UCAAUGUUCAUAGACCAUUUCCUGGUUCAAACUGCCUUAGCUGUUGUGGGAGUCACUGUCAACCUGUUCAUCAUUCAGUAGGCCUGUAUCUUGCUUUGUCUCAAAGUAUAUCACUCUGUAAUCUGUUUCUUCUCAGGGACAGUUCAGGUUGCUGGUUCUGCUGAGCCCAUUGUGGCCUUAGUUGGCGAUGACGUCAUCCUGCCUUGCACCCUGAGACCCACCGUUAGCGCUGUGUAUCAAACAGUAGAAUGGCAGAGACCUGACCUAAAACCAAAAGAGGUGCAUCUUUACAGAGAUGAGAAGGAUAACUUUCUGCUCCAGAAUCCACCAUUCAGGGGAAGGACGUCACUGUUUAAAGAAGAACUAGAGGAAGGCAACGCUAGUUUAAAGCUGACCAGAGUGGAACUCUCUGAUGCUGGAAACUACACCUGUUACGUUCCACUGUUGGACCACCAGAAAACCACCAUUCAACUCAUUGUUGGUGAGUCAACACACCUGCUGACCACCCAAUCCCCCUUAAGAGACAGAUCACAUGACAUCAAGGGUGAGUUCAAUGUCAAGUCCAUUGCCUGAUGAGUAUUAGUUAGAUUGGUUAGCCUACAUGCUAACCUUAAUAGUGUGAUUACCCCAGCUAAUUCAAUGUACAAUGCUGUGAGUCAUUGGAAGUUACUUUUUGAAUUUUAAGGUCCAUAAGUAUCAGCAAACCCUUGUUAUAUUUAAGCAAUAAGUCACGAGGGGGUGUGUCAUAUGGCCAAUAUACCACGGCUAAGGUCUGUUCUUAUGCACGACGCAACCUGGAUAUAGCCAUUAGCCGUGGGAUAUUGACCACAUACCACAAACCCUGAGUUGCCUUAUUGCUAUUAUAAACUGGUUACCAACUUAAUUAUUUUAUUGUCAUACCCGUGGUAUAACAUUAUAAACAAGGUGGUUUGAGCCCUGAAUGCUGAUUGGCUGAGAGCCGUGGUAUAUCUCUGUAUCUCUAUAGGUGCAGCGUCUCGACCAGUAAUCUCCAUUGAAGGAAUCAAAGGUGAUGAGGUGGUCCUGCGCUGUGAGGCUGAAGGCUGCUACCCAGAGCCUGUCAUGGAGUGGUGUGACGUUCAUGGACGUGUCCUCCCUGCUGCUGGACCUCCAGAGACAUCCAGAGACCGUGAAGGCUGCUACACUGUGACAAGCCAUGUCAUCGUCCCGAAAACGGACAACAACACGUUCACCUGUCGGGUUCAACAGCCGGAGAUCAAACACAUGAAGGAGAGACGGGUUCAUAUUCCAGGUGAAGGUCUGUUUUGGAUAUUUGAAAGAAGGCACUAUCGGUAAAAAAUGUCCUGUUGUUUAAGUCAUUUCAUGUGUAAUACGCAUUAGGUAUUGUAAUAAUUCUACAUCCUGUGUUUCAGAUCAAAUGUUUCCUACGCAGUGCCAGUCCUUGUGGCUGACAGUUCUUGUUGCAGCUCUUGUUGGAGUUGCAGCUGGUGCUGGAGGUCUCUACCUGUUGAUAAAAAAAGGGAUGUUGACCAUCAGCAUGGAGAAACGUAAGUCAUGGGAGUUACUUCCUGGUGUGGUAGUGUUAUCUGGUGGAGGUCUAACUGCGCUAUAUAAAACAACCUAAAGAGAGAGGUAAUUCAUGUCUGUCUACAUCAGUGGUCACCAACCGGUCGAUCGCGAUUGACUGCUCCAUCUCCAAGACAUUCCUAGUCGAUAACCAAACAUUUCUGUAAAAAACCCAACGAUAAAGCCUUGUGUUCCUAUUUAUUUUAUGUCUUUGGUGCUGUUUGCAGUAGGUCCACUUGAUUCAGCAGCCCUGGUGCCGGGAAGGAAAAGUGUUCCCAUUUCAUGUGAACAUACAACAUCAUAGAACUCUGCCUACCCGGCAGGUCCAGAGAGCAAAUCAAGUGCUCCUAUAGGCCGACCACUGGCCAAUCAGAUAGCUCAGAUCACCGUGUCUGCACAGUUUCUUCGAGCCAUUGGCUGUAAAACAAAGCCUCUAACGCACAGCAAAGUUGAUACUGUGAGAUUUCAAAAACGUUAAAACCAUGACUAGAGAGAGACUCAACGAAUACAGCAAAGUUGAUGCUGUGAGAUUUCAAAAACGUUUAAGUUCAUGUUUGUUGUUAUUCAGCACUGUCAACACUUAGUUCAACACUUUUAUUAGACAUAAAAUGAGCGUUCUUCCUACUCUGCUACAACCAGCACUGCAGCUGCAAUGAAUGAGUAGCAAAGUGUCAGGCUAAGUUUGAGUUUGUUAUUAUUAGCGGCUUGUGUCUUUUUUAAUAUUUCGAGGAAUAUUUCACUUUCUCUGGUCAUAGGAGCAACAAUAUGAAUUGGUGCAUGAGGCAGAUAUUAUGCAGUGCGACUUGAGUUUUCGCCAUCAGCUGGAAGACUGUCCUUUUCUCAGCAGAGGGAAGGAGGGUGGAGGGACAGUGAGUCGGGUGAUUGGCAGCCUCACCACUGCUCUCUCCCUCCCCUCAGACUGACCAUCAGAUACAGGUCAUCAGUCAGCCUCACCACUGCUCUCUCCCUCCCCUCAGACUGACCAUCAGAUACAGGUCAUCAGUCAGCCUCACCACUGCUCUCUCCCUCCCCUCAGACUGACCAUCAGAUACAGGUCAUCAGUCAGCCUCACCACUGCUCUCUCCCUCCCCUCAGACUGACCAUCAGAUGCAGGUCAUCAGUCAGCCUCACCGCUGCUCUCUCCCUCCCCUCAGACUGACCAUCAGAUACAGGUCAUCAGUCAGCCUCACCGCUGCUCUCUCCCUCCCCUCAGACUGACCAUCAGAUGAAGGUCAUCAGUUCAGUAAAAAUAAAAGCUAAUUAUUAUUCUCACUUAGCUGUGCCUCACAAAUAAUACAACAAAUGAUCUAUUAUCAGUGUGAUCAUAUAACACAUUUAUAAAAAUGUAAUUUCUAAGUGGUCUGAGAAGAACAAGAUUGGCAGGGAAAUCCAAGCAUAGCCAAUAUGCAGUGAUAAUGUAUUGGACUUCUAGCCUACUGUACAAACCUCAUUGCUACAGAACAGUUUUUAAUUGGUUAAUGUUGCUUAUGUUUUUUCAGUCAUGUUUAAAAGAGAAUCUGAGGGGUAGAUCUCGGCUUGCUUUUUCACUCAAAGUGAUCUUGACUCAGAAAAGGUUGGUGACCACUGGUCUACAUGGUCAAGAGGUUGAACAGAGGACUUGACUACAUAGUAGAUUUCACCAGUCCAGGGAUGUGAAACACAUACUUAGUUGACUGUGUUCAUGUGACGUGUUAGACGGUUCUGUUUCAAGUCCUGUCUCUCAUCCAUUUAAACAGGAGCGUUGGACGUCAGUAAUGCAGAACCCUUAAUGAAGAUGAACAAGGAGACGACGAAGAAUGAGGAAGAUGAGGCCAGUGAACCCAGUCUGUCAAAGGUUUAAAAGAUUGUAAAAGAUCUAAUUUAUAAUAAUAGUAUUAUAUGCCAUUUAGCAGACCUG